CUCUCCUCUCCCCCUCUUUCCUAUGGAAGUUGGGUCGAGGCGAGUUCAUGAGCGGUUGGAGUGUUGGAGUACGCGACGCGCACCGUGAUGCAUCAUCACGGGAAAACGUCAAAAUGAGAGCAUCCUCGUGAUAGCUUGCAGUGCAACGCGGUGCAAGUGCACGGCAGUGUUUCGUUUCACCUGCGAAAGCAAACAUUAACGGUGCCGUCAGCGACGUCCGAUGUUACGCGACAGACAACCACGCUGAUAUAAAAACGCUACGGCGAGCCGAAUUCGCAAACACAGCUUUGACAGCUUAUCUCCCUCUCUCUCUCUCUCUCUCUCAUUGAUAUUGUCUGGCAGUUCGAGGAAAGCGAACAAAAGGAAACCGCAUUAGGGGACCUGCUGCAGGCACAUUUGAGACCUGCGGUGGUUGGUGAAUGGUGUUGCAGAUAGAUUCCGUGUGGGGCUGGGCGUCACCCCCGCUGCGCCUCCAGCUAGCCGGGGGGACCAGGGGUGCCUCGGGGAGAGCAGCUGCGGGCGCCCCAUCCUCGCAGAGGAUGGGUGAAAUAGUCGUGGAACGCGCUCCCUCCCCAGCACGCCUCAGUCAUACCUCUGAGAAGCAUCCUCGUGCAACGCUAACUGAGCUUAAUGUUCUUCGUCGUCAUCGGGAACUGUGCGACGUUGUUCUCAAUGUUGGUUCUAGAAAGAUAUUCGCACAUCGCGUCAUUCUUUCAGCAUGUAGUCCAUACUUCAGGGCAAUGUUUACUGGGGAGCUGGCGGAAUCUAGACAAACUGAAGUAACAAUACGCGACAUAGACGAAAUGGCUAUGGAAUUACUCAUAGACUUCUGUUAUACUUCUCACAUUAUUGUCGAAGAAGCUAAUGUUCAAACUCUCCUUCCAGCAGCGUGCCUUCUUCAAUUAGCAGAAAUUCAAGAUAUAUGUUGCGAAUUUCUCAAACGCCAAUUAGAUCCAUCAAAUUGCUUGGGUAUCCGGGCGUUCGCGGAUACCCACUCGUGCCGCGAACUUCUGCGUAUUGCUGAUAAAUUUACUCAACAUAAUUUUCAAGAGGUAAUGGAGAGUGAAGAAUUUUUGUUGCUACCUGUCGGACAAUUGGUAGACAUUAUUUCAUCGGAUGAAUUAAACGUACGUACGGAGGAGCAAGUGUUUAGCGCCGUGAUGAAUUGGGUGAAAUACAAUGUUACGGAAAGACGACAACAUCUUGCACAAGUCUUGCAACACGUGCGACUGCCAUUACUCAGUCCAAAAUUUUUAGUUGGUACCGUCGGAUCGGAUCUAUUGGUUCGUUCUGAUGAUGCUUGCAGAGAUCUCGUAGAUGAAGCAAAGAAUUACUUACUUCUGCCGCAAGAAAGACCAUUGAUGCAGGGACCUAGAACAAGACCCAGAAAACCUACAAGACGGGGAGAGGUGUUGUUCGCAGUUGGUGGUUGGUGUUCAGGUGAUGCCAUUGCCAGUGUUGAAAGAUUUGAUCCUAAUACUGCCGAUUGGAAAAUGGUCGCACCGAUGAGCAAACGAAGAUGUGGAGUGGGCGUAGCAGUGUUGAACGAUUUGUUAUACGCAGUCGGCGGACACGAUGGACAAAGCUACUUAAAUAGUAUUGAGCGAUACGAUCCACAAACAAAUCAAUGGUCUUGCGAUGUUGCUCCUACCACUUCCUGUAGAACUAGUGUGGGUGUCGCUGUGCUUGAUGGGUUUCUUUACGCAGUUGGUGGCCAGGAUGGAGUACAAUGCCUUAAUCACGUGGAAAGAUAUGAUCCUAAAGAAAAUAAAUGGUCUAAAGUGUCGCCAAUGACUACCAGAAGGUUGGGAGUGGCAGUUGCAGUGCUCGGAGGUUAUUUAUAUGCCAUCGGCGGGUCUGAUGGACAAUCACCCCUUAAUACAGUAGAAAGAUACGAUCCAAGGCAGAACAAAUGGUCCCAAGUGUCCCCGAUGUCUACGAGACGUAAACAUCUAGGCUGUGCUGUAUUUAAUAAUCUAAUUUAUGCUGUGGGAGGACGAGACGAUUGUAUGGAACUUUCCAGCGCCGAACGUUAUAAUCCCCAUACGAAUUCAUGGAGUCCUAUAGUAGCGAUGACAUCUAGGAGAAGUGGAGUAGGUUUAGCGGUAGUAAACGGUCAAUUGUAUGCGGUAGGCGGAUUCGACGGAACUGCGUAUCUGAAAACAAUCGAAGUAUAUGAUCCGGAACAGAAUCAAUGGAAGCUAUGUGGUUGUAUGAAUUACAGGAGGCUUGGUGGAGGUGUGGGAGUGAUGCGAGCUCCACAAACCGAAAAUUACAUUUGGUAGCUCAGGCCCCCCUCUUCAGCCCAAAUGGCUGAAACUCCUUUAACUCCUCUUACACCGGUAACGCCAGUUACACCUGUAACACCUCCUGCUCCUGUAUCGGUUCCUGUUAUAACUAGUACUAGAAAACGCUACCGCCGAUCGAUGAGCAUUAUAUAAGUAAUGUAUGCAUUUUGUAAAAGACUUUGCCUUUCUCUAAAAUUCCGCGCGAGAGUAUUCCUCAUCGAUUUUCGAUAUUUAAUUUAUUACUUACAUUUCUCUUCGCGUUCAAUCUAGCAUACAGAUCAUAUUACAGAAAGAAGAUACGAUUAUUCUAUCGAUUUAUUGCACUUGUUUCAUAUUUUUAUUACAUCACAUUAUUUUGUAAGAAUCUUCAUCAAUGUUAUUUGUAUUCUAUUAAGUAAUACAAAACAAAUUCCAGCUGUUUUAGAUUUAAAUAUCUAGACAAAGUAUUCUUGGAGAAAUGUUUCAUAAUAUAUGCAUAUAUAUGCAAAAUUUUAAAGCAUUUCAUUAUAUGAAAUAAAAGAAAGGCAAAAUCUCUUCCCUAACAUUCGCCAGAAACAUAUAUGUUUUAAAAAGACAUUUACAGCUUCCAUUCUUAAAUGAUCGAAAUAAAAGAGCUUAAGUUCUCAGUAGAGUUUUGAUUUAACUGCAAAGGGUCGUUUUUGUACCCAACAAUUUAAGAAUGUAAUAUAAGACAAUGAUUUCUGACUUUGUAAGGAUAGUCUGCUUUAAAUAUGUAGAUAUCUCCUUUUGUUUAUAAGACUGAAUUUCAAUCAGAGAAUAUUGAGAUACUCAUGAUAAGUACAGUUUACAUUCUCUUGUAAAGAAAUAUCAAGUUACAUCGCAUUUUCUAUUAAGGUCUGUGAAUAACUUGUGUGUCUAAUUUAUUCGAUGCAUUUAUGUUAUCGACGACUUGUCACAAACGCCAACAUACACGCCCAAGAAAAAGCAAUAUGUAUAAUACUUGAAAAGUAUAAAUUAUUUAAACAAGACAUUUGAAAUCGUUUCUUCGCGUUGCUGCAAGAAGAUGUCAUUUAAUCAACAUCAUCUGUUAUAUACAUUUAAAUAUCUACAGAGAGGAGUAACCUUAUCGUACAAAAUGGUGAUAGGGAUCAUUGACCAAUAAUCUCAUGAUGUAACAUUCGUUGUAAUUAUGUAAUAAGAAUUAGCAGAAUUGGCUAAAGGUGACUAAUAUUAUACUAACAAGAAUAAUUGUUUAUGACUUAUUUUGAUGAAAAUUAAAUAAUAUAUAAGAAUUACUGGGAUGAAAGGGCAAAAACAUUUACAAAUUGUCAUUGUUACAUGUAUGAGAUUGUUGAAGGCAGCAAAAUGCAUGUCUAGCGUAAGAACAUAUUGAUGAUGUAAUGUAAUUCUUUCUAAGCAGCCGAUUGCAAAUUCUACCGAUGUUUAUUCCGAUUCUCUCGAAUCUUACGAUGGUUCAUUAUCGCAUUUCUCAAUUUCUGGAUUAUUCCAAAUAAUCCAUUCAUAUUUAAGUUCUAAACACGUGAUAUUAUAGAGGUAAAAUCGCUAUUCAGUUAAUCAAAUUAAACAUUAUACAAUAGUACAAAUUAUCGUAAUUCGUGAACAAAGUUCAAAUAAGUGUUCAAUAUUCAACCUUGUUUAAUUAAUUCUGAAGAAGUUGCAGCUAUGUCCCAGGAGAAUGUAAUAUUAUAUCGUUUCCACAAUAUUUUAUAUGCGUAAUAUUAGCGAAUUAAUUCUAAUUUAUGUCAAAAGUACGUAAGAAACCGAUUCUUGUAUUAUACCGAAUCUUAAUGACGCGUUUCUCAUAAACAAGAAACAUUGAAAGUAAUUAUGUUAUUGAUUAGCGCGCAUAGUCAAUCCUAAGUAAAGCACGAAGUGUUAAGCGCAAACAUAUUGUUUUCUCAUCUUAACUAAACGAGAUCAAAAACUUGUUCUGUACAACUGUUCAGUACAAAGGAAGAGUCGUAGGAUUUCUUUCCUGUUCUUCAUCAAUAAAUUAAAGAAAG